UGAUUUCUAACUAUAUUCGAUGUCCGUGGGGCAGUCAACACGCGCUUUGGUUACCUUUUCAGAACACAUCGGUAAAUGGAUUUCAACUCUCAACAAGAUUGAGAAAGAUACAAUUCUAAUUUAUUCAAAAUUGAUGCACAUUGCCAUUUUUAUUUUAUAUCAAAAUAUUUCACAGACAUCGAAUAUAGUUAAAUACAUCUGCGACCUGCACUAUUUAAUACAUCCACUGAUCCCCUGUCCUCAUCACUACUCUUCAGACACAAACUAACAAACAAACAAAGAAACCAAAGAGGUUAGAUUUCAGACAUGAAGUUCGGGAAAGAAUUUUCAUCGCAGAUUGUGCCGGAGUGGCACGAAGCUUACAUGGAUUACGAAUAUCUAAAAUCUCUUUUAAAAGAUAUCACCAAAUUCAAACGCAAAAACAAUCCUCACGGCCAACAUCUUCGCCGGAAGUUAACUGUUUACCGUACAUUCAGCGGUUUACUCUCAAAAUCGGGAAGAAAGAGACAUCCCCACGGUGGUGCACCGAUCAGUCCUUUUUCAGAUUCGGAUGACGACAUCGAGGAAGGUUUGAAAUCAGCGCCGAUUCUAGUCCAUUCGGCGAGUCACGGAUACGAGACAACGUUUCUGAUGGCGGCCGAAGCAGGAGGAGAGUACGAGACAGUGUUUUUCCGGCGGUUAGACGACGAGUUCAACAAAGUGGAGACGUUCUAUAAGGAGAAAGUUGAGGAAGUGAUGAAAGAAGCUGUGAUGCUUAACAAACAGAUGGAUGCGCUAAUCGCGUUUGGCGUGAAAGUGGAGCAUCCUGAUGGGUGGCCAUGGAAGGAACGUACCGUGGAGAUGACCCGUUUAGCUUCAGAUGUCGAUAUUUCCGCCGCGGCCGUCGCAGCUUCUACUCCCGCCGGAGCUAGAUCCACGAAACUUGGCGCUCAAGCUCUGGAAGCAAUACAGGAAGGAGGAUCGAGCAGCACUGGUAAAUCCGACGAAGACGAAGAUGAUGACGACAAGGAGAAGGAAGAAGAAAAAGUCGUUUACGACACAGCGGCCAGUGACAUAAGUAGAUUAAGUGCUGCAAGGCCAUCUCCCAUCGAGGUUUUGGACCGUGUCAAGAUCAACAAUACGAAAGAAACACCUCGGUCCACCAUUAAAUCCGUUCUAAAGCCCUCGAACCCGGAGCUCAAGUUUAGCCGAGAUAAUCUGAAGAGAGUCGAGGAGAAACUCAGACGCGCUUUUGUCGAGUUCUACCACAAGCUUCGGCUACUCAAGAGCUACAGCUUUUUGAAUGUGUUGGCAUUUUCGAAGAUAUUGAAGAAGUAUGAUAAAGUAAGUUCGAGGAAUGCUACAAAGUCUUACAUGAAAAUGGUUGAUAACUCUUACCUUGGUGGCUCUGAUGAGGUUAUUAGACUCAUGGAGCGUGUUGAAGCUACAUUCAUAAAACAUUUCACCAAUGCUAACAGAACAAAAGGAAUGAACAUCUUGAGACCCAAAGCUAAAAGAGAGAGACAUCGUAUUACAUUCUCCACAGGUUUCUUGGGAGGAUGCAUGUUCUCUCUAGUAGUGGCUCUAUUCGCCAUCAUACGCACCAGGAACAUUUUGCAGGAGGAAGGCCAAAAACAGUAUAUGAACACCAUGUUCCCUCUUUACAGCUUGUUUGGCUUCAUUGUGCUGCACAUACUUAUGUAUGCAGCCAACAUUUACUACUGGACAAGGUAUCGAGUGAACUAUUCAUUCAUAUUCGGGUUCAAGCAAGGAACAGAACUUCGCUAUAGACAAGUCCUACUUGUGGGCUUCAGCAUUGGAGUUCUAGCCCUUCUUUGUGUUAUUGCCAAUCUUGACAUGGAGGUUGACCCCGAAACUAAUGAUUACAAAGGAUUAACCGAACUUCUUCCUCUUAUUCUGCUCAUUGGUCUGUUUAUAGUUCUAGUCUUACCAUUCAACAUCUUCUACCGCUCGAGUCGCUUGUUCUUCCUCACAUGCCUCUUUCACUGCCUUGCUGCUCCUCUUUACAAGGUAACUUUACCUGAUUUCUUGUUGGGAGAUCAGUUAACAAGUCAGGUGCAAGCUCUUAGAAGCGUCCAGUUUUAUAUAUGUCACUACGGUUGGGGAGAUUACAAACUUAGACAAAACACUUGCACUGACUCAGACACCUACAAUGCUUUCUUAUUCAUUGUUGCUGUCGUCCCAUAUGUCUGCCGUCUCCUUCAGUGCUUGAGACGUCUAUUUGAAGAGAAAAACGCAGAACAAGGAUACAAUGGGAUCAAGUACUUCUUGACAAUAGUGGCUGUCUGCUUAAGGACAGCUUACAGUGUGGACAAGGAUAAUCAAUUCGUGUGGAGAAUGUUAGCCGGGAUCUUCUCAGCUAUUGCUGCCAUUUUUUGUACUUACUGGGACUUAGUCUUGGACUGGGGUCUUCUCAACAGGACUUCUAAAAACCGUUGGCUCAGGGAUAAACUCCUUAUCCCGCAAAAGAAAGUUUACUUCAUCGCAAUGAUCUUGAACGUCUUGCUUAGAUUCGCGUGGGUGCAGACCGUGCUUGAUUUCAACUUCUCCUUUAUGCAUAGACAGACGAUGGUUGCUGUUGUAGCCAGUCUAGAGAUUAUCCGCCGUGGGAUAUGGAACUUCUUCAGGUUAGAGAAUGAGCAUUUGAACAAUGUGGGGAAGUACAGAGCAUUCAAGACGGUUCCAUUACCGUUCAACUACGAUGAGGAUGACGACAAAGACAACUAGUUGUUUGAUCUCUUGUCUUAAAACUGUGUAGUGUCAGAUGCUUCAACUGAAUUCAUCCUCAUGGAGUAAGAAGAAGACUGGAUUAUACAAUAGCCGAGCCAUCAAGAUCAAGGAGGAGAUGUUAAUCUCAAGGCUUGUAAGAGCUUUUUAAAAAUUUGUGGUUAGUUCUAGAACUAGGACUUACUAUUUGAUUCUAGGCCGUUAAGCAAUGUACUCUUCUCAAUUUUUGAUAUCAUUUCUCAUGUAUAUGGAGACUAGAGAGGAAAGACACCUAGAAGUAGAACUAAAAGGUGACUACUCUCAAAAUAUUAUUGCAUCAAGACAUCAUAGAACAAAAAAAAGUUUAAUUGAAGGAAACACAUGGGUAUCAUCUUUAGCAAAAAAUAAAAAACAUUCAUGGGUAUCAAGAAUCAAAUAUAUGUUACGGAUGAAAAAUCAGUUCCUAAAAAUAUGGAAACAAAAUAUUUGGGAAUAUUAACUUUCAUAUUUUGAAAAAAAUCGAUUUUUUUUAUAAAAAAAAAAAAUACAACUUGAAGGGCAUUAUUGCCAUUUUGAAAAUAAUUAACCUAAUGGGACAUAAAGUAUACGAGAUUAGUCUAAAAAGGCAAAUUUAUCAUUUUUUUGCUUUAAAAAACAAUUUUCCCUAGAUUGAGAGAUUAAACCGGGAGAAACAUACACAAAGCCGGCAAAGAUACCAUCUUUCCGGAGCCAUAAGCCGACAUGGAGUUUAUACUUUAAAGUUAAAAACUUUUUUUUGUGAAUUCAUGAAGUGGAACGUUCUUGUCAGAUAUUACAAGACAUUAUAUUCAUUAGAGAUCUUUUCCGCGCUUCGCGCGGAUUAUGUUUUAUAAAUUUAUUUUAUUUAUAAUACUAGGGUUGGCCCGUCCUACGGGCGGAAAUUUAUAAUAAAAAAUUAUUUUAUAUGAAUUUAUUAAUUUUAUAAAAAAAUUAAAACUAUUAUAGAUUAAAACAAUAUUAUAAACAAACAAAUAAAAAAAUUGAGAUUAUAUUGUUAUUAUUUUUGGUCUAAAUGAUAGUAACCUUCAUUAUUUUCUAUAGAAAAUACAAAUUAGCAAAAAUAAAUCAGAAACAAUAUAUAUAUAUACAUUAUAUAUAUAUAUAUAUGUAUAUAUAUUAUUUCUAUUUCAAUUUGACAUAAUAAAAAUAUAAAGUUUAAAUAAAUAAUACUAAAUUUGUUUCAAGAAGAUUCAAGUUUUAAAAAAUAUUUACACAAAUAAAUCUGUGUUUGAGUAGAGAAAUAAGACUUGAAAGAAUCCCUAUGAACCAUCUAGUAAUGAUCUUUGGAAAUAAGACUUGGAAAUUGCGUUGCCCAGAAUGUUGAACUAUGGUGUUUUAGUUAUGAUGGUGUUUGCCUAUUUUUACCAUGUCCAAAGUUACGAACUAUUUUUUUUUUUUUAUGUUUUUAGGUUGUAUUUACUGAUUUCGUAAAUGUGGAAGCACAGAAGGUGGUUCUGUUUUAUUUACUUGAAUUAGUAACUAAGUGGCAAAUCUUAUAGUUUUGGGCCGAGGGCUUGUUGAGGUCUAAGCAUGUUUCUAGUGUAUUUUGGUGUGUAUAAUUCAGUUGUCUUUAGGGUCAAAGGUUCUUCUUUUUUUCUUGGUAUUAGCUCCGUAGAAUUAUGAAGUCGGAGCUAGCAAAGCAUAAUGUAUUAUUAAAAUAUUGGUUAUUACUGGUUAAACCCAACAUGUAUUUUUU